GUGAACAAGCUGAAGCCGCACCUGAAGAUGGCGGAGAACCGGCUGUCGAUCCUCAACUCGAAGAAGACGAAUUUGAUCAAGACGCAGAAGCGCGACAUCGCGGCGCUGCUGCGCGACGGCAAGGAGGAGAAGGCGCGGAUCCGCGUGGAGCACCUCAUCCGCCUCGACUUCACCAUCGAGGCCUACGAGCUCGUGGGGCUUUUGUGCGAGCUGCUCCACGAGCGGUGCGCGCUCGUCGCGUCGGAGAAGGAGUGCCCGCCGGACAUGCGCGAGGCGCUCUGCACGCUCAUCUGGGCGUCGCGGCGCUGCGAGGUGCCGGAGCUCAAAGAAGUAGCAAUCCAGCUCGAGCUCAAGUACGGCGAGGCGUUCGCGGAAGCGGCGAGGACGAACGCGUGCGAGUGCGUCAACGCGCGCGUCGUCCACAAGCUCGGCGUCGCGCCGCCGAGCGCGCACCUCGUCGUCGAGUACCUCAAGGCCAUCGCGGCGGAGCACGGCGUGGACUGG